AUGUCCCACUUUAUGCAUAAUUUUGGUGAUAAUCAAGCGGGCUGUGUAGAUUUUUCAUUUUUUGACGACGAUUAUGAAGCGGGAAGAUCGAGUCGCCUAAACCAAGUGUAAGUAGGCAGUUGGAAGGCAAAAUGUUACUAUAAAUGCACAAAAUCCGUUAAAUGCUUGACGAUGUUUAUAUAAACGUGACCGGUUAAGGUCGAGUGGGGUUGUGCAUUUAUUACAACCGCAGAAAAAAUAACGGUUUUCAAGUUUUGGUAGUUAUCAAAACUAGUUAUAUCAAUUUAUUUAGCCAUCAAAAGUUUUUGACUUAAAUUCUACCGUCUUGAGUAUGACCCCUGCUAGCACUAGCCCCGUCCAAUAAUUUUACUAUCUUCAGAUAUUAAAAUGUAUAAUAUAUAUACGGAUAUUGUACCCUUGGAGAGGAUGUUUGAUGGCAGGAGUGUGACCUUUAUUUCGUGCACUCGCCACCGUAAUAGCUUCUGCUUCAAGCCCGGGUCGUUCAAUACACACUUAAUUAAGUCACUGCAUAGGAAUUCCUAUGGAUUGCUCCGAAUUGGGCUCGGUUGGGCUGAUGCUGGCAGGGAUCUCUCUCCCAAAGUUGGUUGUGGAAAGCACUCCGUGGAAACUGCCUUCCUUUCUGGCAGACUAACUAAGCACAAUUAUGCAUUGUAUCAUUCGAGAUUGCUUUUCGAUUACCCAUCCAUGUCACAUUUUAGACAUAGACUUGAAAGUCCAUUGAUACAUCAGUUGAUGUAUCAGAAUCCAUUCUCAUAUGAAUGCGCACUCGCUACUGUGGCAAAUGUUUUGCGUAGAACCGUUUUCUAAUUAGAAACCUCGAAAAUAGGGUGACUACACGUUUAAAGGUGUGGCGGUUUUUAAUGAGUGACAAGUUGAUCAAAAUAUUAGGUAUAACCAGGUAAAUCGCAGCGAGGUCACCGAACGAAAGAGCACUUAGGAAAUGCAUUUCCUUGUAUCCGAUAGGGCCUUUGACAUCACAGCGGGUCUUCAUAAAUACUUCUAAAAUGUUCAAGUUGCUGCUUCGUUUUAUGCGCAUUUCCGAAAUAGCAAUCAACAGUGCAAUAUUUUCACGUAUACCCCCUGGCAUUGGUAUUUUUAUAGUAGCAGCCUACAUGCUUUCAAGCUUAGACAACUUUCUUAAUAGCAUCUCACUGUUAUGGCUGGAUUUACAUAAAUUUAGGAAGCAUUAAUUUUCUUGCAACGCUGCUCGUCGUAUGCUGGCACAACUGAAUUGCGUGCAUUCUAAACGCCUAUAUACCAGCGCCACUUCUCACUCCGUUUCGUCAUAAGUUAAUAACACUCAGGUCCUUUUAGUCCUCUUUCGUCGACCUACACUUAAUUACGCUUUCUUAAACCACGAUAGACAUUUUACGUAGAGGUGCGACUGGGGUUGGCAUCGUCAUUGAUCCCAGAUGAUUUUCGAAUGAACGGUGUAUAAUUAGUCUUAUUUUGCGUACUUUUCAGUGGUAAGUAUACCAGAACCGGUUCAAAUGUCCCCUUAUUAGCUUGAUUUAUUUUUUGUUUUCGUCAUGACAAAAAAGGUCAGUUGAACACCUUUCGUAUUUCGGUAAAGAUACUUAGGACACCCCAACUUCUUACAGUAAGCGUUUACUUACCAUGUGUCUUUAAUUAGGAUGAUCUUCGACUUUCAAGACACUCUACUAUGUGAAAUUAAAACUAUUCUCUUACGGGAAGAUUUGUUUUAUGAACAAAUACUUCCAGAUGUCCUGGAAAAUCUCACAGGAAGUAGGUCCACUGAUUUUCCACAUCAUAAGAAAGUAUAGUUAGCUAAGCUCUUCUAUUUCAACGAUCUAUGUGGCCGAAUGUCGGUCGAAGUCCUCGUGGGAACUCCAAGUUUGUUUAUUUUUAGUCAUGCAAAACAUCCAGGUGCGUUAUUCGUGAACUUGAUGGAUCCUUACUAAAUAUGUAUCAUGCGUGGAACUUGCAAUCUGGCCAACGUCAAUUAAGAUGUUUUUCCAAGGCCGGCACAAUAAUUUAUAUCUGCACUGUCUCCUUUCCUCUAGUCUUGGGAUUCGGACAGUUACCCUAUUAGAAAUAUCUAUUUAACUUGUCUACCCCUUGGAAAAAGCUCACUUGGACAAAUGCAGUUGCCGGAGUUAUGGCCGGUCUUUCCUCACUUACCCUUUCGCGCCUUGCGAUCUCACCAUGUUCAACUCCUAACAAAGGAUGGAUAUCUGGAAAUGAAAGUUGGCCGCUGUGUAGGAAAACCGUUUACACACUUUUUCUACUCCUCAUUGCUGUUAGACGUGUGGGGGUUGUUAUUGAGUGUGGUUUCCAUUAAGAAAAAACUAGCAUGUAAAGUACCUGUUUUAUAAGAAAGCGAAGGAGAAAAGACUCCAUUUAACCCCUAACAAGCUUUUUCUUAACCGGUACUUCUCUGAUCAGGUCAACAACUAGUAACGUGGGAUAUUUAAUCAUUACUUUCCCUACAUUUGAUAUACUUGUUUCCUCUAAAGUGUUGAAUCAAUGGCUGAAAACUGCCACAACAAGGAGGCACAACAUCAAACCAACACACCAAAUGAACUUGAUUGUUCUCAGCCUAAUAUUUCCGCGGAUUCUGUUAAUAACCUGAAGCAUGGUGUGGAGGUCAGAUUGCCUACCCCCGAAGGUCUCAUUUCAAUCACCCGCACGGCCUCUGAGCCGACUACCAAAUACAGUGUUGACGAAGAGAGAGCUGGGGAUGAAGGUGAAGGCCUGGCCUUCAAACAAGACAAGCAGAGUGCACUAGUUUUCCCAGCCAUCGAGGAGAGAGGACACACUUCACCUUGCGGCGACAACGCUAGCUACACUGAAGAACCCCUAGAAUGUUUGAGAUCUGCCUCUACCGAUCAGUGUAGCACAGAAUCCACCCAGAUCAGAGGGUCACCGGCCUCGUUCUUGCACAAGGCACCGCAACCUCCCCGCGAAUGUGACGAUCGACAUGCCUGGGAGGAGGUAGCAGGAGGUGCAGCAAGUCAGACAAGCUUGUCAGAAGCUGGAAGAGACAUUGCCGAUGUCUCAUUUCGGCACAGUUCGACCAGUGGCACCAGGAUGCAGGAAUCGUUGGAGUCGGAGCAAAUGAGUGUCCGACAGAUAGCUCUAGCUCUCAAAGACCUGAGUAAAAGUGGAAAAUUUCGGCGUCUGCGUCCACCCUGGCGUGAUCCCAACUCGCGUCCUUUGCCUAGUGAUGAAGAUCAUUUGAUGGAGGACAUGUUGAAAGAGUACAAUGAGCAAGUGUCGAGCAACCGAAAGUCAGAUUGGCCUGCCGCUCACAUUGCUGUUCAUCGGCCUUACCAUUCUACUCUGAACAGAUGGAGACAGCAAGAACGCAUACAGUUUGAAAAUUUUGUGAGUUUCGCACCCACUUCUUUGUUAAAAACUGGAGGAAAUUUUAGUAGGCGUCUCUCCACAUUUUCCACUAAUUGAUUUGACCUUUAAAUUCGUCCCAACAACAGAUGUAACGUGACAGAAAAAGUUCCAUUUUUUUCAUAGGUUUUUUAUGGACAAAUUAGAAGUCAAAAUACUAGUGCCAGAAGUACAGGGAGAGACUUUUAUUACAAAUGAAACCAAUGGAAUUAUAGCAGAUGUGUAUUUGUAGGUUUGUUGCUGAAUUUGAUAGCACUGAAGUUCACCUUUGAGACAUUAGUGGGUGAUGGACCAAACAACUGUCCCGGCGACUUUUCCUGAGCUAGUUAUUGAUUCUCUGAUUGUCUCGACUAAAAUCGGAAAACGGGCAUCUCAAGAAAUUUAAUCUGAAAUAAAUGAAAUUCUAUGGGAACAAAAUGACCUUUAUUACGGAAAUUUUCGAGGCUGAUCUUCCAGUUCGUCGUUAGACUUUUGGGUGGGGUACAAAAACAGUUAAUUAUUUGACCAUGUCGAACAAGUGAUUUUACGGUUGGCUGGAACCUGCACCAAUGUGCGCCAAUCGCAGUUCGUCACGCCCUGAGUAUUGGCCGCGCUCGCUUCCAUUUGUCCUGAAGAAGUUUGUACGUGACAUAGGCAAAUCCGUGAACUGGCCUCAGAGACAAAAUCUCUCAGUUGCGCCGUAUGGCAGCAGAAGAACGACGAAGCACACAUUUACAGUUUAUAGCCCGUGUCUGUGUUGGGAGUACAACGAACAAUUUUCUAGAUAUUAAUACUUCUGGAAGGAAUGGGUUGGGAUAACUGACAAAAUCACAUAGAAUACAACAAAAACCUGUCCAUAAGAAGGCCGAAAUGCGGUCACAAAUCAGUUUCACAACAUUUCCCAAGUUUCCCCUUACAUCCUAAUAUACAGCAAAGGCUUUCGGGAUGUAUCCUUAAUUCAAUUAAUCCUUCUAAAAAUGGAAAUUGGCGUCAUUUUUUGAGAUAAAAAGUUAACUAGAACAACUGACGCCUUCUCUGAUCGGCCAAAACCAUGUAAACUUUCAGCCAAAACGGUACAAAUUCUUCGUCCGCAAGUUGCUUCUCCUGGAGCAUUUAAACGGUGUUCAUUAAAUAGAUACAUAUCACCGAAUGUCCAAGUUUCCUUUCGGAUAAUUAAAAAGUAGGAUAGAAGUAGUUUUCUCCAGAAAAUUUAUUUAUUUAUCCGAUACUUUACCUUCUUCCGUAGCUCACACUUUGAAACUUUAUUCGGAAUGCAAAAGUUUGUGACUUUAUAAAACCUAGAUAAACCUAGAUAGUGUACAAUACCCUUUUCUAUGCGUGCGCACGCUUAAGAGGCUGUUGCCGACGAUGUUAGCUCUUGUAUAGAGGGCAGCUUGGUUAUCUCGUCCAUCAGUACUGUUUACAUCCGAGGAUGCUUCUAGUCUGUCUGCGCAAAGAUACGACCAAUAGCUGCCUUUUUCCGUUCGAGGCGCACCACCUUAGAAGCUAGGAUUCAUGGAAAUUUCUCAUUUAAAAGUCUGUUAUCACAUAACUAUCCGAACUAGUGCCCUAGCGACAGACUCUUUUUUAUAUACAUCCUGCUCUGGGGAUCUUUUAUGCGAAUAACCACUGUGUAUUGUGUUAAAGUAGUGUGAUAGAAAAUACAUGUUGGCCAUACUUUUUAUUACGUUGACUCCACGCAUCGAAACCAGACAUCGUCUACACGCUAUAUUUGCCCAUACGGACGGCGGUUUAAUUUUCACUGAACUGCAGAACAGCAUGCCUAACGGGUUGAUUAUCAUACCAGCAUUUUGUAAAAUCGAUCGAUCGAGUACGAUCUUCGUCAGCCCUGAUUGCCUUGCACGUCGCUGUGAAACCCUCAUAAGCUCAAGUACACUUUUUUAAGGUAAUCUGUGAAUAGGAUUUACGACUACUCGAUCUUCGAAACUGAUCAGAACCACAUCCUCCUAAGAGUAGUGCGCUCGAGUUAUGUCAAGUGUGACUUGAGAACCACCUAUCGCACUCCGUCUUCCGACUUCAAUUCUGAUGUGAUGGCCAGACCAGGCCAAGACGAUUCGAUUUGGCCUUGACAUGAUAACUAAAAGACUGGUAAGAGUUGUGAUAAAAAGGAAGGGUCGUUCAGGCUCGACCUCACCCCCUUCUUAUCAUGAACAAGCGGCUAGGCCGAGUCAAACCAACUGAAGAUGAGAUCAACGCUUCCGUCUCCUGCGCGCAACAUAAGCCGAUGCGGAAUAGGCUUCAAUCGUUCGAUUUUUCAUUGCCGGGUUUGGUCUGGCGCAACAGAACCACUCAAAACAAUUUAAAAGCAUAGCGUAGGAACAUUGGCGGCCUACGUUCUUAGGUAAUCACAGUAUUUUUGAAAUAAUGAGUGUCUGGCGUGGAAUCAACUGCCAACGGAUCUUUCUGUUUAGGCUCAUUUCACCCCGAUAAAAAGGGACAUCGGCUUCACUGUGCGAGCUAAUAGCCCGGACACGUGUUUUAUCGACGUUUCUGCUGCUGUGUGAGGCAGCCUCGAGGGGUUCGUCUCUUCAAUAGAUUCCACGGUGUUUUCUACGCGGUUUCUUGUAUAAGAACUGCAGAUAUAAGCGUUAAGUUAAAGAUUUCAACAUGCUUGUUUCUUACCAUUUCGAGGUUACCCCUGAAAACUCAUGUUCCGAUGACUUAACUACAGGUCAUUCCCUUAAUAAGUUGCAAAGUUAGUGACUUAACACAAUGAAAAAUGUCGCCACCAAAGACCCUCUUGAGCGAGGAAAGACCAUCCCCGCAGCAUAUUUAAAAUUGCAAAAUCCUUGUAAUUCUCAAGUACACCGUCUGCGUUCUCAACAGCUCCCAGCAUAGGCAAACUAAUUUCGUCACGCGUUUAAGUCUGCAUAGAGCGACUAUAUGACUAAGUAUGGGUUACUCGAACUAUGAUUUAUUAAAAGUAUAAACAGACAAAGCAGCCUUCCGGUGAAAAGUUUAAGUACAGAAAAUCUUUGCAGCAUUUCUAUUGCGUUUGGGGGCUGGAGUAUAAAACUUUGAAUUAUUGGCUAUAGUAAUUUGAAGCACCUUUAGAUCAAUAGAUAAACUGUACCUCAACUUUGAGAAGGCUUUACUCUCUUCCUCAUCGUCUUCAUAAAACUACGAACAAGCCGGACCUGAAGACUGGAGUGGUUGCGCUAUUACAUACAUAACGCCCCCCUGGAGGGUGAUGGAAAUUUAUCAUGUGGGUUCGCCCGGAGCGUAAUAAAAAAUUUCCUAGUCAGAACUGGUGCUUGACAAUGACUUCACCGGAAACUUUGACAACGUUUGCAGUUUUUGAGUCACCCAUCCUCCGGUAUGAAUCUAAAACGGGCAUAGACAACAGAAUUUACUGGUAGUAACAAGUUUCGCGCCAGCUUAUCAAUUGCAACCCGUCGCUGCGUAACACAGACAACGAACAGGAAGUAUACAGCGAGCUAAAUCUGCACAGAAAAUCAGUGCAAAGUAGCAACGUCAUUGUUUAGUGUACAGUUUGGGAGGGAAAAUUGGUGUGUGUAUCGAAAGACUGAGGAUGCUUAGGGCAAGUUGGGUUUGACUGCGUCGUUCAGCUGUUUGCAUCGAUUGCGCUUUGCCCCCUGCAUUGCAGGCUGCUCCCGAGUAGCUCAAUGCCCGAGUUAUUCGUGCCCGAACAAGUACUUGGAGGGAUGCUUUGGGGUCAACGGAGUGGCCGCUCCCAGACAACGGGCACGAACGACUCUGAUGUUGCCCUCUUUGUAAGCAGACUUCAUACGGCGGGAAAAACCCGACCUAGGCAACGCGGUCAACCCAAACUUGCUCUAGUAAUUCCCAGUCCUUUGAUUUACCCCCUUUCCUCCGUAAAUUGCGUUUUUAAAUUACCACUUUAAUUACUUGGUCUGUGUACACUAAACAACAACCGUGCUGUUUUACACUGAUUUUGUACGCAAAUGCAACUUACUGUAUGCUUCUUUCUCGUUAUCUGUGUUAUGCAGCGACGGGUUACUGUUGGUAAGCUGUCGUAAAUUUUGCUGUUACCAGUAAAUUCUGCUGUCUGUAGUUGUUGUGAAAUUUGCGGUUAACUUCUACUUCUGUAAAUUCUGCUGCCUGUAGUUGUUGUGAAAUUUGCCGUUAACUUCUACAGUAGAUGUGCUAACUCAUGAAACGUCAACCAAAAUUUCGAAAUGCGUUCUCGUUUCGAAAAGAUAAAUUAAGUAGUGUUGUUAAACUAAUCACGAUGCAGCAUAAAUAUAUAAUGAUACAGUUACCUCAGGGUGUCGGCUUUCGAAAGAACUUAUUUUCGGCUGCGUGCAAGAUCUAUACUCUGCAAAAAAUGACUACUUAAGUAGCAUGCAAUUUUCUCAUUGAUUUUCGACGCCCUUGAAAAUUCAAUUAUAUUUCAUGGAAAAUAUACAUAAAAAUAUUCAUUCUUUUACUUAUUCGGUAGAAAAUCACGUCUUCUUCCAAUUUCUUACUCAAAAGAAGAGUAUAAUUCAGUUUUAAAGAAUUUUCUAAUUGUGAUAUUUUUUAAUAUCGUUAAAUGGCCGUUCGUGAAACGUCAUGUAUCCGCAUUUACGAAUGUGGCUUGUAAAGUUAACAAUAUUGCUCAAAUCCACUGCCUAAUUUUAUGAGCCUCAUAUGGUGUCCUCUCAACACCGUAGAGAAAUGCGUGGUUUUCCAUCCACGGAAAAUAUACAGCUUGUAGUUUUGAAACCCUGAAAUCAAGCGUAAUAGCAGAUCGGGUUAAAAAUUAUUCUGGAAUUAGAAAAGUUUUUUUAAAACCGAAUUAUACUCCUCUUUUGAGUAAGAAAUUGGAAGAAGACGUGAUUUUCUACCGAAUAAGUAAAAGAAUGAAUAUUUUUAUGCAUGUUUUCCAUGAAAUAUAAUUGAAUUUCCAAGGGCAUCGAAAAUCAAUGAGAAAAUUGCAUACUACUUAAGUAGUCGUUUUUUGCAGAGUAUAGAUCUUGCAUGCAGCCGAAAAUAAGUUCUUUCGAAAGCCGACACCCUGAGGUAACUGUAUCAUUAUAUAUUUAUGCUGCAUCAUGAUUAGUUUUACAACACUACUUAAUUUAUCUUUUCGAAACGAGAACGCAUUUGGAAAUUUUGGUUGACGUUUCAUGAGUUAGCACAUCUACUGUACUUCUGUUUUUGACUGUAAGCAUAAAUAAUUCAAAAAUAAUUAUUGCAACCUUCUUCUAGUCUUCAACCAUUAAUAGUUAGAUAUUUGAGGUUCACUUGUUUCCUAGUCUAAAUACGCAUUCGAAUCCUUAAACUGGAUGAGAAGUGCCCUUCAGAUCAUGCCGAUAAUUGUCUUAAGCAACAGCAAAUCAGAUUGCAAUCUGUGAACCCUAGCAAACCUCUGAUCAGCGGUAUUUGUUGCCUAUCCUGCUCUUAAGUCGGUAGCGAGAAUCCUAAAGCCUUGUCCUUCCGCCCAGAUGAUUGCUCAUCGCCUGAGGAACAUAAAGGCCAGUCGCGAAAUUUCUCGUGAGGAGUUGCUACGUCAGUACAAGCAGUACUUUAUAACUCCAGUUACUGCUCCCGCGAUCUCAUGUCUAGAAGCCGAAAUGGUGGCUCAAGGUACGGCAGUUAUCAAGUCUCGCAAUUCUUCUAGACCUCCUUCUGCCUCAGGGGUCGCUCCACACCCACGAACGGUCUUCCACAGGGGUCGGAGAUCGCAUGAAAGUUGGUCUACCUCCUGCUCAUCUGUACAAGGCCGCGUUCGGGCAAAAUCUGCCGGCGGGAAGGUUCCCAUUACACGAAAUAAACAACCACAGCACCAGACCACGCAUCAUGGACACCGAGAUCUCGCUGUUGGUGACAGCCGGUCCGUAACAACUUCCUGUUCCCCACCAGAACGUCCCUUUCGACAGCCCAAGUCGGCGCACACUACUCGCACCAUCCUUAAUCGAUCUGACAGUAUGGUUUGCCGAUCUCAGUCUUUCCAGAAGGCGCGCGAGGUGUCAAGCCAGGGCUCCAACGUCACCGCUGACGGAAAGCACUCCUCUUGUGUUGCGUCCAAAUUGAAGUAG